AUGGAUGAUGACAGUUCAACAGAUGACUUGGGAAGUUGUUGCCGAUAUAGUACAAGUAAAGCUGGUAUGGAAGGUUUGGACAAGGCGACAAUUAUGGAAAUUAUAUUAGAGAAUUCUAAAGGAUCGAAAUUUUAUGAAAAUGAAUUGAGAAAGGAAAAAUCUCUUCGUCAACAAAUUGAACAAAAAUUGAAAAUUGUAAAAUCACUUACACCGACCAUGUUAAAAAGUGGUGAAGCUGAAGCGGAUAUUAUACUUAAAAAUCUUAAGGAGAGGCGACGUCUAUCACGUUGCAUAGUACAUGUUGAUAUGGAUGCAUUUUAUGCAGCUGUUGAAAUCCGUGAUCAACCUGAACUUCGACAUCAUCCAGUUGCUGUUGGCAGCAACAGUAUGCUGUCCACUAGUAAUUAUAUCGCUCGACGAUAUGGUGUACGCGCUGGUCUACCUGGAUUUCUAGGCAAAAAACUUUGUCCCCAAUUGAAAAUUAUCCCCUGUGAUUUUGCUAAAUACAUUGCCACUAGUCGUGUAGUCCGUGGUAUAUUAAUGGAAUAUGCUUCUACAGAAAAGAAUACGACAACAGAAGAUUCCUGUGAAUCAGAUGUUAUACCAUUCUCUGCUGUUAGUUUAGACGAAGCUUACCUGGAUUUAACAGAUCAUUUAACGGAACGCUGUGAAUUCCCUGUUGAACGACGUACAUUUUGGCCAAGAUCUGCACCUGGAGCACCUAUGCUAGUUUGCCGCUGCCAAUCACGUUCUAAGAAUACAGACUCUAAAACACUAAACAAUACUUCUGCCUAUGUUCAACUUAAACCAUCCACAGGUGAUGAUGAUAACUCACAAAGUAAUUCCAAUACCUGCCAAGAAGUUAAAACUCUGGAUGAAUCAUCUCUUAGCAAUUCAAAAACAAAAUAUUGUGAUCCUGAAUUAGCUGUCUGUGAUGAAUGUGGUUUGCUUUGUAAAUCUGGUCGUCGAGUAUUCGGCGUGUCAGCAUGGGAAGCAGUUCGAGAAAUGCGAUUUCGUGUCUUUUGUGCUACACGUCUUACAUGUAGUGCUGGUAUUGGUCCAAAUACGUUGAUCGCUAAAAUCGCAUCUGAUUGGAUAAAGCCAUGCGGGCAAUAUGAAAUUGCUAAUACAUUGGAGGCUGUAGAUGCAUUUAUGCAAAGUAUGCCCGUUAGAAAGGUACCGGGAAUUGGCCAUGUAACAGAACGUCGUUUAGAUGCAUUUGGAGUGAAAACCUGCUCUGAUCUGAUUGAUAAACGUGGUCUACUUUGGCAUGUCAGUACACGAAUCACAAUGGCCUACUAUAUGCGUAUUGCACUGGGCCAUUCUGAUGAUCAGUGGUUAUUAAAUUUUAAAAAUAAUUCUGAUGAAAAAUUAGCCAAGUCCAGUGGGAUUGUUGAAGGCAGCACCGGCACACAAAGUCAAAUAGAGCUGAAUAGAAAGAGUAUGAGUGUAGAAAGAACAUUUUCAGAUACAUGUGAUGAAAGUGAAUUAAUUCAGCGUUGUGAACAACUUGCUCAAAUGUUGUCAAGCGAUUUAAAGGAAGAACAUGUUAAGGGUCAACAUAUAACUUUAAAAAUGAAAUUAGACACUUUUGAAGUUCGUACAAAAUCUCAACUUCUACCCGAUUAUACAAAUCAUUCAGAGAUUAUUAAUUCAUUUGGUCGUGAACUGUUACGUGAAGAAAUGAUAGCGCAUAAAUCGAAUCCGAGCAAUAAUAAUAAACCGCUUACUUUACGUCUUAUGGGCCUACGUUUAUCAAAUCUACUGCCGGCUGAAAUGUGUCCACAAAUUCGUCAACGUAGUGUAGAAGAAGCUUUUAUGCAUGCAAUACCAACGAAUAAUGCUUGCACUAUUAGUCCUAUAAAUAGUUUAAAGAAUAAAGCAACUAAUCAAGUAAAUAAAUCUUCAUCUAAAUUGAAAAAAUCCACAAAAAGUAAAUCGAAACAGUUGAAUAAAUCUAACAAAAGAACUGAAAAGAGGCGGGAUAGAAAGCCUUCAUUGAAUUCUGCAUCUUCAUCUCCAUUGCUUACUCAAUGGACUAAAACACCUUUAUCGAUGAAAAUUAAUCAACCUAGUACAUUGAAUGCAUGUGUCGUUUCACUAAACUCCUUUCCUGAAACAUGUCUGCCGUCGACAUCAACAACAGCCAUACCGUCAUCAUCAUCAUCAAUGUCAUUAUCUUCGGGUGCUGUUUACACGUGUUUCCCAUGUCCUGUUUGUGAAAAAAAUUUCCAGUUUUCAUCUGAAGAGAAAUUCAAUUAUCAUUUGGAUGAAUGUUUAAAUAGAUCAGCUAUUCUAGAAGCGGUGAAAGAAACAUUCACUGGUCAAUCCGCGUGUGAUGAGUGUUCUUCAUCAACAACUGUCUUACAACAACUGUCAUCUACACGUUUGCCAGGUGGAAAAGGCUCACUAUCAACUGAUGGUGUUAGUACACGACAACCGAAGCUGCAAAAGGUGAAACCUUCUGGGCCAGGCAGUAGUAGUAGUGGUGGCUCAAUGCACCAUCAUGGACCAUUGGAUAAAUUCAUUGAAAACUCUUCUUCCAGUGUACACAACAUGAUCAAGCAGCAGAAUUUUGAUUCAACUAUGUAUUAG